AUGCUAGGAUUUAGGCUUUUCAGAUCUUUUGUAACGAAAGAAGAGCUAUUUCCAAUGAUCAAAAAUAUACUUAUUGAGAAAAACCAGGUACCAGAAAGCCAAAUAACUCUCAAUUCAACAUUUUCAGAGUUAGGGCUCACUGAAUUUGAAGGUGCUGAUGUAGUGAUGUCAUUAUGUGUUCGAUCCAAAUUUAGGGUUGAUCCAAGUUAUGCUAGUGAGAUUGCAGGAAUUAAAUCAAUUUCUCAAUUACAGGAAUUUGCAGAGAAAUUUAUUCCUAAAUAA